AUGGAAGACCAAGAGAUGCAAGUUAAAGUCAGACGCGUGAGCGACAAAUUCACGGAGAGCAUGUAUGUUUUGGCAAACGAGCCAUCCGUGGCUCUGUACAGACUGCAGGAGCAUGUCAGGAGGUCCCUUCCUGAACUGGCGCAGCAUAAGACAGACAUGCAGAGCUGGGAGGAGCAGAGCCAAGGAGCCAUAUACUCUGUCGAAUAUGCAUGCAGUGCCGUGAGAAGCAUGGCCAACAGCAGCGUGUAUUUCAAAAAUAUUGACAGCCUCCUGCGACAGGCCAUCAACAUGAAGGAGCAGAUGAGCAGCUCACAAGGACGCAGAAAAAGGACUGCGGAUCCAGGCAUGCCAAGGGACACUGGAGAGAAGAACAACUCCGGAAUGUGA